UCCCUGUAUUGUGGAACUGCUUGCAGGAGAAAAUUUUUGGGGGGCUAUAGGCUGCUGUCAACCUAUGUCAAUAAGACACGUUUAAUUCUGGCUACUGAAAAUAUCACACUUAUUAAAUAAAUGUCAAAUAUGGCUUCCCUUUCAUCAGUGGUCCCUUUAGUAGAGAUAAGGACCUAAUGGCAUCCACUUGGGAGAAUAGAUGCUUGAAAUAAGAUUGCAUUUAAGGUAUUUAUUUGAACUGAAAGAAGAUGAUGAUGCAUGUAAAAAAGCCCAGCAGACAGGAGCAUUUUACCUCUUUCAUAACUUGGCUCCUUUGCUUCAGAAAUCAGAACAUCAGUACGUGGCCCCCCAGCAUAGCCUAUUAGAGUUGGAAAGGCUCCUGGGUAAGUUUGGACAAGACUCACAAAUACUAGAAGAUUCCGUGCUAAUUGGAUGCUCAGAACAGCAAGAAGCAUGGUUUGCUCUGGAUCUAGGUCUAAAUAGCUCUUCUUCCAUAAAUGCUUCCUUACAGAAAGCUGAAGUGGAGACAGCCCUCCAGGGGUCAUUCAUUAAGCUGACAAAGGCUCUCUUUGAGCUGAAUGUGAAGGAUGCCUCCUUGCUGUCCACGGCUCAGGCUCUUCUUCGUUGGCAUGAUGCUCAUCAGUUCUGCAGCAGAAGUGGGCAGCCCACCAAGAAGAAUGUGUCUGGUAGCAAGCGUGUGUGCCCUUCCAAUAACAUCAUCUAUUAUCCACAGGUGGCACCUGUGGUGAUCACUCUGGUGUCAGAUGGAACUCGAUGCCUGCUUGUCCGCCAGAGUUCCUUUCCCAAGGGAAUGUAUUCUGCCUUGGCAGGUUUUUGUGAUAUAGGUGAAAGUCUGGAAGAGACUGUCCGGCGAGAAAUUGCAGAAGAGGUGGGAUUGGAGGUGGACAGACUGCAUUACUCUGCAUCCCAGCAUUGGCCCUUUCCUCACAGCACACUCAUGAUUGCUUGUCAUGCAACUGUGAAACCAGGGCAGACAGAGCUCCAGGUGAACUUGAGAGAAUUAGAAGCAGCUGCCUGGUUCAGUCGUGAUGAGGUGGCCACAGUCCUGAGAAGAAACCACCCAUCUAAUCAGCAACAGAGUGGUGCUGUCCCAUUCCGGUUGCCCCCCAAGUUAGCCAUUGCCCACCAACUGAUAAAGGAGUGGGUGGAAAAACCAACCUGUUCUCCCCUGCCUGCUUAGCUCAGAUCAGGCCACCUGAUCAGAUAACCCCCUCCUCAUGAUCUAAGAGGGGCACAUUAGAGAACAAUUGAUAAACAGGAGGUGACAAAAACCCAUCUCUGGCCAACUUCAUACGGCAGAACAGAUGGUAAGCCUACAGCAGGACACAUCUGCCAGUGUUAACAGAAGUUCCUAACCACAGGCAAUCAAAAAUCCCCAAACUGAUCAGAUAACAAAAAUCAAAGCAAAAGUUGAUUAGUUUGGAUACAGGCCCUUGUUCACUCAUUUUCCCCUGUGCUGUGGAAGCAAACAUCUUCUGGCAUGUGGCUUAUCAAUGCUGGAUUUAUACUAACUGCCAAAUGUGCCUGGUAUAAUUUCAGUUAAAAUUUUAUCUUAGUAUUAAAAAUAUAUAGCAGAUCUCAACCCACUACUGAGUUACUUUUUAUGUUCACAGAAUUUUAAAAAGUAGCACAACAUUUUUGAAUUUGUAUAGAGGUAACUAUUUUACAUAUAGUAGUUAAAUAAAAGUCAUAUUUCUUUAAGUCCUUCAUCCCAGGAAAGCCGAAUUAAGGUCUUCCUCAAGGUGCUUUGUAAUAAAUCAGAUACAGUGAUGUUCUGUUGAGGUAACUGCAUGCCAGUGGGGCCCAAGAGGGCAAGUCAAUUUUUUGCUGUUACUUGCUCAGUUUGUGACCAGGGAAAAGGAGUAUCCCUUGUCAUGUCUGUUUUCCUAAACAUAAAAUGGUUGCAGCCAUUUGCGCACCCAGUAAGUGUUGUAACUUCAACAAAAUGACCAGUGAAGAUGAACCAUUUCUUGAGUUUUAUCAGAUAAACUAAAUUUAGGAUUUGUCAUUCAUAUAUGCUGUUCUGUACCUUAUCAUAGGGGAGAAGCACUGAUCUAGAGGAAAUGAAAUACAUUUCUGAGCCUCUGUUCAGAUGUGUUUUUCUAUCUUACGAAGUGAGGAAACUGUAGAAAGUGCGAAUUGAGGGUGGGAGGGAGGAAACUAUUAGUGUGAAGUCUGUGUAAUGACUAAAGCAAUGUUGGGAAGAAAUGCUGUUAGAAGUCUAUUUGAGAAGAGGAAUGGCUGAGGCAAGAGUCGUAUGUUCAGGUACUUUUGGCAACUAACUAGUAAUUAAAGACGCAAGUGCCAGAGACCCUAACAUGAUUCACACACCCAAGUCCCACAGGACUAAGUAAAACAGAUUCUAGAACUAGGGAGGAUGAAGCACUGAAUCUCCUUUUGAUCCCAAAGGCUGGGAUCAAUACUCUCACUACUGCCAGCACACCAUCACUGCUUUGGGAAAAUCAAACUGCUGUCAUCGGGAAAUGCUGAAGGAUAAUAUGUGAUGGGACUCGACUGUCCUAUUAGAUUGGCGGCUUGCCCUGAUCUGGGCUGAACCCGGCACAUAGAAGGGAAAAAACACUCUAGAAAGAGAGGUCCUGAGAUUUCUUCAUAUCUUGCAGUUAGAAGAAAACAGUUCAGGGUCCAUGUGUAGUAAGUAUUGCCUCCCAAUGUUUUCUAUCUCUAUGUGGGUGUGUUUGUGACCACAUGUGUACAUAUCCCCAAUCUGAAAAUACUGAUAGAAAGAGGAGUGUACAGAAUUCCUGGUUAUGAGUUUCUCAACUUACCACGAAGUAACUGUUUACUUUUGGAUUAUCAUGUUGUUUUGGAAAAGAAAAAAUGAGAGUAGUUAAUAGGAGGAGCUGCAACAUUGAACUUUGUUUCCCAGCAGUGACUGGAAAGAGUGCUUUGCUUCUUAGAAAUCCAAGGAUAACUCAGAGCAGAGGCAAAAGAGGGCAGGGUGGGCUGGGGUCCUAAAAAAUGGCAGAUAAAUAAAAGAAACUUUGGUACAGGGCUUACCUGACUAGAGAAUAUUUUUGUGGCAAUGAAUUAUGAAGGUGCUAAGAAUAAAAAGAACCUGAUGGGUCCUUGAAGAAUAGCAAAAACAGGUAGAAGAUUCAAUUAUUUGACACCAGAGGGAGACUGACUCAAGGUCGUUCCUGGUAACUGGAAUAAAAAGCAGCUCAUUCAUUCCUUUUGUUUGCCAGUCCACCUUCCUUCCUCUACCCAGUGUUUAAUCCUGAAUAAAGAUAAACUUAGUGUUCCAAACAUA